UCUUAUGACCCGCUCUGAAGAGCCGACGAGUCCUCGCUUUUGCAGCGUUGUGGUCGGUGGUCAGCGGCGCUCUUGCCCGGGUUCUGGGAGCCUUUUCCCUGGUGUUGCUGCUCUUGCCGCCGCCGCCGCCUGCUCUGCGGGAUCAUGGUGUGCUUCCGCCUCUCCCCGGUUCCGGGCUCCGGGCUCCUUAUGCUCUGCCUCGUCCUGGGAGCUGUCUCGUCUUAUGCAUUGGAACUUAAUUUGACAAAUUCAGAAAAAGCCACUUGCCUUUAUGCAAAGUGGCAGAUGAAUUUCACAAUACGCUAUGAGACUACAAACAACAGUCAUAAAACUGUAUCCAUUUCAGACUUUGGUGCUGCAACGUACAAUGGAAGCUUUUGUGGGGAUGACCAUAACGAUCCCCAAAUUGUGAUGCAGUUUGGAUCGGGUUUUUCCUGGAUUGUGAAUUUUGCAAAGGAAUCGUCUAGUUAUUUAAUCAACAGCAUCUCAUUUUCCUACAACACUAGUGAUACCACAACAUUUCCUGAUGCUAAAAAAAAAGGAGUUUUAACUGUGAAUGACUCUGUGGGAUUCCAAGUUCCAUUGAAUGACAUCUUUAGAUGCAAUAGUUUAUCAACUUUAGAAAAGGAUAAUGUUGUCCAGCAUUAUUGGGAUGUUCAUGUACAAGCUUUUGUUCAAAACGGCACAGUGAGCACAAAAGAGUUUUUGUGUGAUAAAGAUAAGACUUUAACUACAACGGUGCCCGUCAUUCCCACCUCUGUGCCAUCUCCUACUACAACACCCACUCCAAAGGAAAAACCGGAGACUGGAUCCUAUUCAGUUACAAGUAGCAAUGGUACAUGUCUUCUGGCAAACAUGGGGCUGCAACUGAACAUUACUCAAGAUAAGGUUGCUUCAGUUAUUAAUAUCAAUCCCAACACAACCAACGCCACUGGCAACUGCCAUAGUAAAACUGCUCUACUCAGGCUGAGCGGCAGCAACAUCAAAUAUCUUGACUUCGUCUUUGCUGUGAAAAACGACAACCGAUUCUAUCUGAAGGAGGUGAAUGUCAGCGUGUAUUUGGUUAAUGGUUCUGUUUUCAGCAUUGCGAAUAACAAUCUCAGCUACUGGGAUGCCCCCCUGGGAAGUUCUUAUAUGUGUAACAAAGAGCAGACUGUUUCAGUGUCUGGAGCAUUUCAGAUAAAUACCUUUAAUCUAAGAGUUCAGCCCUUCAGUGUGAUGGAAGGAAAGUAUUCAACAGCUCAAGACUGCAGUGCAGAUGACGACAACUUCAUUGUGCCCAUAGCGGUGGGAGCAGCCUUGGCAGGAGUGCUUAUUCUAGUGUUGCUGGCUUACUUUAUUGGUCUCAAGCGCCAUCAUGCUGGAUAUGAGCAAUUUUAGAAGCUCAGUCUAAUUGAUUUUAUCAAAAUACAUGCACAUAACAAGAUUUCCUUACCUUUUAGAUUUGAAACACUUUGUUAAGAUUGAUAUAUUGAAACUUUAAUUCUUAAAUCAGUCCCAGCACUUUGAGAUAAUUCUUUAUUAAUAUAAACUGUUAAUAGAACAGCUUAAAAUUUUAAAAAAUGUUGUGUUUACUGGUCCUGAAGACAAAUUUGUUAUAAAGAACAUUGGUGUACAGUGUUCUAAGGUCUAUCUUAAGAAGAGUUGGCCAAAUUUUGAUUCUAACCUACGAUGCCUUAAACUUAUUAACCUGGCCAUUACAAGGACAAAAAAAUGUUGUUGUCUCUUAGUGGAAUUAAUAAAUACUCUUUGACUAUUGGUGUUCUGUUUCAAUGUAUAAGAGCUAUUCUGCUUUAAACUCAUCACAGUUGCUUUGCAUAUAGUUCAUUAAAUAGAUACCGAUGUGGCACAAAUGCCCAUCAGAUAUGCUUAAACUUGGUUUUCAGUUGAAUGUCCUCAGGACCAUUAUUAUUUUUUUAGAUUAUGUGACUUUUGUAGAUUUCUUUGAGUUCACGUUAAGGAUAUAGUCAAUAUCUUAGGCUUGUGAUUUUUCCCUAGAUAAAAAACAGACCCAGUAGGCCACAGCAGAACUUAAACUGGCUUCAGAAUUUAAAGAGUGUUUCUUUUUUGGCAAUGUAGACUGAAAAGAUUCAAGCAUAUUUAACCACUUGCCUUUUUUUUUUCCCUUCCUGUUUUUCUCUUCCUUGGAUGCCUGAUUAGCAUUGAAAGAUAGAAAUAUUCUAUGAACUAAUUAGGAGAGAUUGUGUUGUGUUUCUCUACCUCAGCUUGUUGAUCUCUAGAGCAUUAAAAUCUAUUUAGUGUUGUCAUCAGACUGGUACUUAUGAAAUGUAAGCUAACAGCAAUCUCAGAAGGGAGGCAGUGAAGCAUAGCAACUAGGCUCUUGCUUUUUCCAAGACGGCCCCUGUGGGGCAGAGCAUAGGUGAGGGUGUGGAGAGAAGCUGUUGACAUUAAGAUGAGCUGGAUAAUCAGCCCCUAUUGAAGCAUGCUCCAUGUUCUAAGUGCAGCACAGAUGUUGGAUGUAUAGACAAAUAAGAAGGAAGCUUAAUCAAUACACUCGGAUUUCACAGUGAAGUGAUUAUUUUAUUAAUUCACACUGUAUAUAUUGGCUUGUUCAGAAUAUUUGUAACUCACUGAUUACAGUAUUUUGGUACACAGCUAUCCCUCUCUAAAGGCUUUUAGUAAAAUAUAGUAAUCCU